CUGGAAGGGUCUUCAGGGUAGUUCUGGGGAUCGCAAUGGCCAUCCAGAUGUCGCCUUAUUUGAUGUCGGCGUUUCAGGCAAAGUCUCCCGCAAAAGACUCUGCAAUGGACACCCUGACAGAAAAGUCAGACAACUCGGGAAAGACGCAGCAGCCAAUUUCUCGUGGUCCCCAAGCAGAAAAGCUUCCUUUGCCGGGCUUUGUAAAGCGGGAGCUUCACGAACAGGGCAGAUGUGAACCGUGCCUCUUCAAGUACAACGCGGGGUGCUGGUAUGGCGAUGAGUGUCGCUACUGCCAUUUGUGCACUCAAGAACAAGUACGAAGGAAGCAGAGCCGAAGAUUCUACCAGGAAAGGGCUCUCCGAAAGGAAAAGAAACUUAACCAAGCACAAGGACCAGGCAUUCAAAGCAACUUCAAAGUGUGGCUAUGA